CAAAGGAGCCCAUUUGUGGUCUUGCAUCUACCCGAGGCGUUGAUUCUGCUGCGUCCGCCCCAUCCGCUCGGUGGCGCUGCCAUGAACAAAGGCUUCGGCCGGAAGAGCCACACAUUCCUGCCCAAGAUAUUUAGGAAAAUGUCUUCCCAGCACAAAGAGCGCCCUGAGAGUUUGCAGUUCCCCUUUCUGGAUGAUGAUGAAACGAUCACCACCAUCCGGGAAUCGAAAACGUUUUUUGUUCUGCGGGGCCUGCCAGGCAGUGGAAAGUCCACCUUGGCCCAGGCCAUCCAAGACAAGUAUAAGGAUGCUUGCAAAGUCAUCUCCGCUGACCGCUACAAAAUCCAGCCUGCCAUCAGGAGCGCUGUUCCCGACGAUUACGGCAAGGUGGACGAGGACCUAGCUGACUAUUGCAAGCACGAUAUCAGCGUACUGGUGGUGGAUGACACCCACCACGAACGGGAGCGGCUUGAGCAGAUCUUUGAGGUUGCUGACAAGUAUCGCUACAAAGUCAUCAUUGUAGAGCCAAAAACGACGUGGAAAAUGGAUUGCUUGCAGCUCAAAGAUAAGAAUCAAUGGAAACUCUCAGCGGAUGAGCUAAAGAAGCUGAAGCCUAGUUUAGAAAAGGAAUUCCUUCCCUUGUAUUAUGGAUGGUUUUUGAGCAAACGGAGCUCAGAGAACUUACGGAAGACUGGGCAGGCAUUUUUGGAUGAGCUUGCCAGUAUUAAAGUAUUCAAAAAGGAGUCUAAGCACUUUGGACAACCCAGUGAAGACCCCAAAGCAAAAUUUGACUUGACCAGCUACUUUGUGAAAAGGCCGCCCGGGGUCUUGCACUGUACCACAAAAUUCAUUGACUUUGGGAAAGCCCCAGGAUCAGAUGACUAUGCACAGCAGGAGGCUGUGAAGUCAUCUUACGGAAAAGCCUUCUUCCUGACCAUCUCUGCCCUCUUCAUCACCCCAAGAACGGCUGGGGCCCGCGUGGAACUGAACGAGCAGCAAAUGCUUCUGUGGCCUGGUGAUGUGGAUGUGCUUCAGCCGGCGGUCAGCCUCCCCAAAGGCAGCCGGGCCCACAUCACCCUGGGCUGUGCCAGUGGGGUGGAAGCUGUCCAAACUGGCAUUGACCUCCUUGAAUUUGUCAAACUGGAAAAGGCAGGGAACAAAGGCGAGGAAGUUGGGGAGAUUAGUGGUGGGAAGCUUUGUUCCUAUGGGAAUGGCAUGUGGAUGCUUUUCCUUUCUAAAAAGAUUGAGGUGAGGGCCAUCUUUUGUGGGUACUAUGGAAAGGGAAAACUGGUGCCAACUCAAGGUGGUAGCAAACGGGGGUCACCUUUUAAUGCCUGCAUCAUCAUCUAAGGGCUCUAUUUGCUACUACAACAUUUCCUUUUUACAGUAAUGUGUAACCUUUUUAUAAGACCCCCCCCCCAGGUCACACACGUACAAUAUUGUCCUUCAACUAAAGCCAACUCUUGCUAAAUUCUAGCAUAAUCAGUCAGUUCCCAAGGAUACUUUUUAUUGUUCAGGAAAACAACAACGGAGGCCUUAGCACCUCUAACAGAAAAUUAGCACCUUUGUUACAUGUAUAAAUUAAGAGUAAUGCAGUUGACUGCUUUUUUUUAGCAUUUGGUUUGUUUUAAAGAGACUCAAGAUUGGCUACACCUUGUAAAUCCACUAGAGAUGACACUGUUAGGGCUGCAGCAGAGUCAGGUAGUAGGACUGUAUCCCUUCAUACUGCAAGUGGUGUGUCUGAAAUCAUUUUUUUCCAAUGGUCCCUGCAUAUGGAAGCCAGCACAGCAGGCAAAAAAUGAGGCUAGAACGUUUCUCCCUGCUAUGCUAGUUUCCCAUGUGCAGGUAUUAUUUUUACACAGGGGGCAUUCAAAAGUGGCACGAUCCACCUGUAGUCUGAAGUGGUACACUCCAUUCUCACAUCAUCAGUUUCUCACCUCAUUGGGACUGUUAGACCCAACAUGUCUAGGUUGGGAGCUCACACUGCUCCCCCAAAUUCUGUGAAAUGCAAAUGGAAACGAAUAAAGGAAAAGUUAUGUGCAAUGGCUUUUGAUGCCUGAGAUUCAGACCCCAGCUCAGUCAGACUAGCUGGAUCGAUUUAUGGCAUCUCUUUUCAGUUGUUUCAUCUCUGAAAAGGUUUAAUGAGUGAAACUUGUCUCAGGAGAGUUAAUCUUACUACCCUGGCCUACUGGUUGUUGCAAAGAGGAGCAAGCCUCUAAAUCCUAACACAAAAAAAUUUAACUAAGGACACAGAGCAGUUUGUGUACAGAAGAUGCUUCCUGUUUUUAUUGGACAGACACAAUGGUGGAAUCAUGUGACUCUCUGCUAACAUAUGUUCCUCUCACUUGAGCAACUACAAUAUCUGACUUUCUAUAGAAUUCUAACUGUAGGGGGGCAAACCAUCCAGUGUGUUUUCCCUACCCCCCCUCCAUUUUUCCCCGAGCCUUAAAAAUCGACGGUCACCAGAGACUGGUAAAACAUGAUUGUUACAUGAAAGACAGACCUUGUUAAUCUUUGUUAACUAUAAACAUAUGCAACUCAUCUCCUUUCUAAAUGUUUUAGUGUUAUGCUACCUAGUGGGUUGGAGGUCACUAAAAACAGAUGGAACUCUUGUCAAACCUACAGGGGGCACAGCCAAAUUUCCUACACAGAACCACAAGGGGUAUAAUUUUGCUUUUCGGUAGGUACAGCAUUUAAGCUGUUAUAGCAAAGUAUAUUUAAAGCUUGGAAGGAGGAAUGUGUUAAGCUGCUAAUACACCAGUGCAAACUGUUUUGUCCAUCUGUAGUCUAGUCUACUUUGACUGGCAGCAGCUUGCCACAAAGAAUUUUACCUGUCACCCAUUACUUGAUCCUUGUAAGUGGACAUGGCAGAGCAUUGAACUUCUGCAAAGCAUGGGUCCACCAACCUAGCUACAGUCCCUAAAACUACUUGGCUUGGUUUUUAGGCAGAAAAUACUUAGCUGCGUUUUUCAGAGUGAGGCGUUUUUCCAGCAGCAAGAUUGUGACAUAUUGACUAGGCUCUAGUAAAUAAUUUAGCCCACUUGUAGAAGACUAAUUAGCUUAACUGAAGGUGCCUCAGGGAAAGUGCAUCACCUCCUUGGCAAUAGCGAUUGGUAAAAUGUAUGCAGCAACAUGUCAUGGGCGAGUUUUUCCUGUUUAAAUUUUAUUCUUAAAUGAUGGAUAUUGCCUUUUAUGUCAUGCUUGGCAAGCAAGUCAGACAAUGGAAAAAAUGAUUGUAAUCUAUAAUAAUUCUAGGGCAUAUUUCAAACAGUAAGUAGUAUUCCCCUUUGAACAUUCACCAUGCUUUACUGUUAUGUGCAGGACUUUGUUUACUUUUCAAGGCUGUUUAAGAAUUGCAGAGAUAAUAAACUGAGCACGAUCAAGCACUAUAACAAAUAUUUAUGGCAUAGUCCUAUGCAUCUUUACUCAGAAGUCCUGUUGAGUUUAAUGAGGCUUGCUCCUAGAUGAGUACAUAGAAGAUUGCAAUCUUUAGCAGUAGUGCUUUAAACUGAUAGUAUUCAAAAAUGUUAUGCAUUUGGUGCAGGCACAUACAUCACAAGGUGAAUAUAUUUGUUUUCAAACUGCAGCUCUUAUAUUUUAAGCCCAGUGAAAAUAUUGAAAAAUACAUUUUUUCUCCUGUGGAAGCGAUGGAGAACCUCUAGCCUUCCAGGCAGUGCUAGACUCCAGCUCCCAUCAGCCCCAGCCAGCACGGCCAAGGGUCAGAGAUGAUGGGAACUUGAGGAAAGGAACACCUGGAGGACCACAGGUUCCCUAUCUCUCUCCUAUGGAUUCAUCAAAUUCUGAUUAAACAAGGGUAAUAUAAGUUUUAUAA